AUGGCUGAGGUCCUGGGGUCCGUCGCGAGCGUCCUGAUCGUGUGGGUGGUGACCGGGCUCCUGGUGGCAGCGGCGGUCGAGAGGGUUAGGGGCGAAGCCUACACGCUAGAUCCCGAUAUUAUGCUCCUUAUGGCUGGUCUCGGGAUCGCCAUCAACAUGGUCAUCGCCCUGGUCCUUCACGGCUGCGGGUGCCACGGCCGCUUCCACAGUGCCUACAAGGGUGACGGCCAGAGCCUCAACGUGCGGGCGGCUCUCGUGCACGUGGUUGCAGAUACGUUGCAGACCGUCGCCGUGAUGGUGGCAGCGGUGGUCGUGAAAUUCUGGCCGCAGUACAAGAUCGCCGACCCGAUCCUCACCUUCGUCUUCGGCCUCAUCGUGGUGGCGACGACGCUGCCGAGCCUGCGCGACCUCGCCCACGUCCUGAUGGAGGGCACGCCGCGCAACGUGGACUACGGCGCCCUCCUCAGCGACCUGGAGGGCCUGCCGGGCGUGAGGACGGUGCACAACCUGCACGUGUGGUCCCUGACGCUGGAUAAGAACGCCCUCUCCGUGCACCUGGGGAUCGACCAAAGCUUCGACACGGACACGGUGCUCGAGGAAGCCCAGCGUAUGAUUCGUCGCCAAUACAACGUGUGCAAAUCCACUCUGCAGGUGGAGCGCUACGCCCAGGAGAUGGAUAGCUGCAAGAAGUGCCAGCCGAUUACGGGAUAAGGGAUAAGGGAUAAGGGAUAGAUGGGAUGGAGCGAUGUUGAGGAUGUGCU